GGAACAUCUUACCACUGUGUUACCACGUGUGCAUUUGCCAAUGCAGGAUGAUUUGGAAAUGAACUGAAUUUGUGCACUCUGACCUAUGUGGAGCCAAAAGUCCCGUUCUGGUGAUGAGAGAGGACAGUUGCCAGUUUGAGUAGAACCAUGAAUGCUAUUGUUGCUCUUUGUCAUUUUUGUGAACUCCAUGGCCCUCGAACCCUCUUCUGUACAGAAGUUCUACACUCUCCUCUUCCCCAGGGGGCUGGAAAUGGAGAUAGCCCUGGGCAGGGAGAACAGGCUGAAGAGGAGGAAGGUGGCAUCCAAAUGAGCAGUAGAAUUCGCUCUCAUAGCCCAGCAGAAGGGGCCAGUGCUGAAUCCAGCAGCCCAGGGCCAAAGAAAUCAGACAUGUGCGAGGGCUGUCGAUCACUUGCAGCAGGCCAUCCUGGGUACAUCAGCCAUGACAAAGAAACCUCAAUAAAAUAUGUUAGUCAUCAGCACCCAAAUCAUCCACAACUCUUCAGUAUUGUUCGCCAGGCCUGUGUUCGAAGCUUGAGUUGUGAGGUCUGUCCUGGUCGUGAAGGCCCCAUUUUCUUUGGAGAUGAGCAACAUGGUUUUGUGUUCAGCCACACUUUUUUCAUCAAAGACAGUCUGGCCCGAGGUUUCCAGCGCUGGUAUAGCAUCAUUGCUAUCAUGAUGGACCGGAUUUAUCUCAUCAACUCCUGGCCCUUCCUGCUGGAGAAGAUUCGAGGGAUCAUUGAUGAACUUCAGGGCAAAGCACUGAAGGUGUUUGAGGCAGAACAGUAUGGCUGUCCACAACGUGCCCAGCGAAUGAACACAGCUUUUACUCCGUUCUUACACCAGCGGAAUGGCAAUGCAGCCCGUUCCCUCACAUCAUUGACAAGUGAUGAAAAUUUGUGGGCAUGUUUGCAUACCUCCUUUGCUUGGCUCCUGAAAGCUUGUGGCAGUAGAUUGACUGAGAAACUCCUAGAGGGAGCACCCACAGAGGACACAUUGGUUCAGAUGGAAAAACUUGCUGACUUAGAGGAAGAAUCAGAAGGCUGGGACAACUCUGAAGGUGAAGAGGAGGAGAGAACUCUUUCAGUGCCUGAAGUCACAGAUGGGCGGGAAAUAGCCAAAUGCCCGACAACUCCUUCUUUGCUCUGUGGCAGCUGGCUGCCUCGAAAGCUGUCCGUCUUCAAGUCCCUCCGACACAUGAGACAGGUCUUAGGUGCACCUUCUUUUCGUAUGUUGGCAUGGCAUGUACUAAUGGGAAACCAGGUCAUCUGGAAGGGGCAAGACAUGGAUCUUGUCCAAUCAGCUUUUGAUGUUCUUCGGACCAUGCUGCCUGUAGGUUGUGUCCGAAUUAUCCCCUAUAGUAGCCAGUAUGAGGAGGCAUAUCGAUGUAACUUUCUGGGACUCAGUCCUCAUGUUCAAAUACCAUCCUACAUACAGACUUCUGAAUUUGCUGUCAUUGUUGAGGUCCACACAGCCACUUGUUCCAGUGUUUAUCCAGUUGCAUGUGAUGAAGAUCAAUCUCUAAGCAAGUAUGAGUUUGUGGUCACCAGUGGAGGUCCCAUAGCUACUGAUCGAGUUGGACCUACCAUCUUGAACAAAAUUGAAGCUGCUCUCACCAAUCAGAACCUUUCAGUGGAUGUUGUGGAUCAGUGCCUGGUUUGCCUCAAGGAAGAGUGGAUGAACAAAGUGAAGGUGCUUUUCAAAUUCACCAAAGUGGACAGUCGGCCCAAAGAGGACACCCAAAAACUUCUGAGCAUUCUGGGAGCAGCUGAGGAGGACAAUGUAAAACUCCUGAAGUUCUGGAUGACUGGGUUAAGCAAGACCUACAAAUCACAUCUUAUGUCUACAGUUCGAAGCCCUACUUCCUCAGAAUCUCGAAACUGAUGACGUAAUGGGAGUAUAUCUCAGGAUAAGUCUCCUGGGAAUCUAGUUAUUCAUUCUCAUUUCUGCUAUACCCCACCGCAGGUCAUGUGAAUCACAAAAUACAGAUGUCCACAAAUUCCACUUGGAGAACUGUAUGUUUAAUCUUUGAAUUGCUCAAAAAUGAGAUAUUUGUCACCCAGAAAUGUAGACUGAUAAUCCUAAUUUCUGGCCUCCAUAUGUUAGUUGUGGCUAAUCUUGUUUUUCAGCACAGUCCUUUAAACUGUAUAAAUAUCUUCAAACUUAAGAAGGAAUAGCCCACCCACACAGUGACAAUGGAAAACUUAAACAGCUGGAUUCUUAUCUGUAUCAGUUCAUCUCUUGACACUGGCAAUGGAGAGAGAAGCUAUAAGAAAAAGUUGCGUUUGUUAGCUCUAAAGAAUUUUCAUCUCAAUUUUUAGAAAAGAAACAAGCUGGGGCUAGGGUUGGACUUUGCUACAGAUAUCUUUUUUGAACACUUCCAAUUUGAGAUUGAGCAAGACUUACUGUGAUUUUUCAGAAAACAUUCAGGGUACACUCAAUUCCCUCACUAUUUUUAGAAAUCUAAUCUCAAGGCUGGGAUCUGCUCUGUGUCUUUGGAAAAGAUUUCGAAAGUUACAGCAGCUAUUUAUUCUUACAUGCAUUUGAAUUCUAUUUGAAGUGAGAAGAGUAAGAAAUUGAUUAUUUUUGGAAUGGAAAUCCAGUAACAAGCUAAGGAUACUCAUUUGCAAAAUGUAUUCUGGCUAGCCUUCUCUGUAGUUGCAUGUGAAAAUAACUUGUGACCUCCAGUUUUGAAGAGGCUUAUUGUUUUAUAUAAAAGUGUUACUUUUGCCUAAAUAGCCAAUAUAGACAUUUGAUUUCCCAACCUGAGAAAACGUGAACUAGAGUCUAAUAAUAACAUUUAGAUCCUGACUUUUCAUUUUAUUUAGCCAUAAUAGGGUAUUUAUAAAAUUUACCAUAAUUUCAUUUCAGAAUCACUCUGCCCUUCAUAACUUGUUAAAGCCUUGACUAGAGGCAACCAAAAGCAAUGUCAAGAUCAUACUAGAUUUUUCAAUUUCAUCAGUGCACUGCACUUGCAUUUCUAACAAGACUUGGUGAUUUUGCAACAACUUUUUUGCUGAUUUAUCUAAGGGGGUGGGGGUUUGUGGGUGUUUAUUUAAAUUAUAUUUAACACAAAAACUAAGUUUUUAAUGUCAUUGUUAACUCUAUAAUGCAAAAGCAUUAAAACACAAUAAAGAUGUAUUUUUGUAAGCUGGAGAACAUACGUAUUUUUGAUGUAGUAUGUGAAACAUAGUUGGCUUCAGCAAUGGAAAGUGUUAAGGACAAUUUAUAAGAAAUAGGUUACCCACUGAAAUAUAUAUAAUCACAAGUUACUUAGUGAUAUUGGAAAACCUUCCCCACGGUGUAGUUACUCUUUUGAAGAUAUCAAUUCUAGGUGUUAAGUGGUUUGCCUCUUAAUAAAUUUAAAAAUAAAUCUCAUGUAUUUUUUGGA